GGCGCGCGCGGCGCGGAGGCGGCAGGCGGGAGGGGCCGGGCGAGGUCGCGGAGCUACGCUGCGCAGCGUGGCGCGGCGGGAGGUCUCGCGGCCGGCUACCGGAUAGCGGUGCUGGGAGGAGAAGCGCGCCUCUUAGCCUUCUCUCCGCGCCCCUGCGUUCCCCGUCGGCCGCCCGGAGAGGACAGGAGGAGGCAGGAUGAGAUGCUGCCAGGUGUGUGGGACGGGCUGGACCCCACGGCGGAACUGAGUUCCGGCCCCCGCUCCGCAGCUCCAGCUUUGACCGCCCCGACGCCCUUGGGAGAGCGUCUCGCGCGCAGCGAUGGGCAGCGUGCUGUACCCAGCCCUUCGUGGUUUUCCUGAAAGGGGCCUCUUCACAUCUCUCAUUACUCCCCUUGCUUAUUAAGCUGUUUGAGAAACCUUUUGCCGGUGGCUUUCUAGAAGAUGACCAUAGAGGACCUUCCGGAUUUUCCAUUAGAAGGAAGUUCGUUGAUUGGAAGAUACCCAUUUUUAUUUCAAGGUUCUGAUACACCAGUUAUCUUUUCCAUUUCUGCAGCACCAAUGCCUUCAGACUGUGAGUUUUCUUUCUUUGAUCCUAAUGAUACAUCAUGCCAGGAAAUUCUCUUCGAUCCCAAAACUUCUGUAUCAGAAUUAUUUGCCAUUUUAAGACAGUGGGUUCCUCAGGUCCAGCAAAAUAUUGACGUUAUUGGAAAUGAGAUUCUUAAGAGAGGUUGCAACGUGAAUGACAGAGAUGGAUUGACAGAUAUGACUCUUUUACAUUAUACUUGCAAAUCUGGAGCUCAUGGUAUUGGUGAUGUUGAUACAGCUGUAAAGUUUGCAACUCAACUUAUCGAUCUGGGAGCAGAUGUUAGUUUGCGGAGUCGCUGGACAAAUAUGAAUGCUUUGCAUUAUGCUGCUUAUUUUGAUGUCCCUGAACUUAUAAGAGUGAUUUUGAAGACAUCUAAACCAAAAGAUGUGGAUGCCACUUGCAGUGACUUUAAUUUUGGAACAGCUCUGCACAUUGCUGCAUAUAACCUGUGUGCAGGUGCUGUGAAAUGCUUAUUGGAGCAUGGAGCAAACCCUGCAUUUAGGAAUGACAAAGGACAGAUCCCUGCUGACGUUGUCCCAGACCCGGUCGAAAUGCCCUUAGAAAUGGCCGAUGCCGCGGCAACUGCUAAAGAAAUCAAGCAGAUGCUGCUCGAUGCGGUGCCUCUGUCGUGUGAUCUCUCAAAGCCCUUGCUUCCAAGUUACGAUCGUGUUACUAGCAAGGUGAUGCUGACGUCACUUGGCCUGAAGCUGGGGGAUCGUGUCGUUAUUGCAAGACAGAAGGUUGGAACAUUAAGAUUUUGUGGAACAACUGAAUUUGCAAGUGGGCAGUGGGCUGGCAUUGAGUUGGAUGAACCAGAAGGAAAAAACAAUGGAAGUGUUGGGAAAGUCCAGUACUUUAAAUGUGCCCCCAAAUAUGGUAUUUUUGCACCCCUUUCAAAGAUAAGUAAAGCAAAAGAUCGAAGGAAGAAUACAGCACACACUCCUCCUACAAAAGCUGUACCUCUCGUCAGGUCCCAGAAAAUUGAUGUAGCGCAUGUAACGUCAAAAGUACAUACUGGAUUAAUGACAUCAAAAAAAGAUAGUGCUUCAGAAUCAACACUUUCAUUGCCUCCCGGUGAAGAAUUGAAAACUGGACCAGAGAAAGAUGUUACCCUGCUUGCAUCCGUCAGCAGCUCCUCCUCUACAUCUUCUUUGGAGCACAAGCAGAGUCACUCCAAGACACUGAAUGCAAGUGGCAAUAACAAGAAGACAAUGAGCAAAAGCCCUUCUGUCUCAUCUAGAGCCAGUGCCGGUUUGAAUUCCUCAACAACAUCUGUAGCAAGUAAUGCACGCUGCGAAGGAGAACUCCGCCUUGGAGACAGGGUGUUGGUGGUAGGCCAGAGAAUUGGUACCGUUAAGUUCUUUGGGACAACAAACUUCGCUCCAGGAUAUUGGUACGGGAUAGAGCUUGAUAAACCCCAUGGCAAGAAUGAUGGUUCAGUUGGAGGUGUGCAGUAUUUUAGUUGUUCCCCAAGAUAUGGAAUAUUUGCUCCCCCAUCCAGGGUACAAAGAGUAACAGAUUCCCUGGAUACUCUUUCAGAAAUUUCUUCAAAUAAACAGAAUCAUUCGUAUCCUGGUUUUAGGAGAAGUUUCAGUACAACUUCUGCUUCUUCCCAGAAAGAGAUUAACAGAAGAAAUGCUUUUGCCAAGUCGAAGCCCGCUCUGCGCCGCAGCUGGAGCAGCAGCACCACGGCCGGCGGCCUGGAGGGGCGCGUGAGGCUGCACGAGGGCUCCCAGGUCCUCCUCACCAGCUCCAACGAGAUGGGCACCGUUAGGUACCUGGGCCCCACUGACUUUGCCUCAGGGAUCUGGCUUGGACUGGAGCUUCGAAGCGCCAAGGGAAAGAAUGAUGGGGCAGUGGGGGACAAACGCUACUUCACCUGCAGGCCAAACCACGGGGUCCUAGUGAGGCCCAGCAGAGUGACCUACCGGGGAAUAAACGGGUCAAAGCUUGUGGAUGAGAAUUGUUGAGUUAAACUUCUACAGUAUUAAAUGAGCUCAUACACACACACACAACGUAAAAUAAAGAGUCCAUGGCAAAUGGUUCACUUUAUUUAGCUUUUAGCCGUUAUUUAAAAUUUGAGAACAGAGCUAUCUUCAUGAAAAGCAUUAUAACAAUUCAGAGAGACUCCUUUAAAAAGCUAGAAAUAUGAACUGUGGGAAUCAUGGUUCUCUUAAAACAAUCUCAAAAUCAGCCUUUUUUUUUUUUUAAGAUUUAAAGCUUUAGACCCAAGAGAAUUCUGAGACUUGGGAAAAAAUGUGCCAUUAAGUGACUGACUGAUGUUGCUUACUCUGUCUCAUUUUUGCACAGAAUAGUGGAUUUUCCAUAUGCCAUAACUGUGAAGGUUUUCACUAGCUUUGGUUAACGUAAGACCUUCACAUGACCUUUUUCUGUCAAGUAUUUUCAGAGUUUUUAUUUCUUUCUGUACUAAUAAGGACAGUAAGAGAAUAAUAGCUGUGUGACUAGGUAUUUUUCAUGUCUUUGGGUCAAGUUAUUUGCCCUUCCAGGAAUGCCUCACCUACAGGUACCUUAGGACUGUAGGUAAGGCAUUCCUGGAAGGGACUCUGGAGCUCAGCCUCUUGCCCGCUGCCAGGUUCUAAAGCCGCUCUUCCUCACGCGGGGUCACAAGCUAGCUGGUUACCAGAGCUACAACUAGAACGUGGGUCUCCUGACCUGUGGCUCGGGCUCUUUCCGCUGUACAAAGCGUGUCAUCUCAGAUCUUUCUUCUGUGUUAGUGACUGACUGCCUCAUCUGGAGGAACCACAAAAACCCAUGAUUAGGUUUAUAAAUUCAAGUCACAAUUAGAAUUUUUUGCACGUGCUUAAUUAACUUCCUUAUGGGACAUAUCUAUAAAACAUACAUAUAUGAAGCACUUUUAAAAUAAAGCAUGAUGCACUUUCCUCUUUGUGGAGGAUUGGCCAUCAUUUCCUCCAGGGAUAUGAAAAACAUUAAAAAAAUUAUAUUUAUGACAAGAGAGCAAAUUAAGAUGUGUUAAGAAGAAUGUAGUAGCUAUUCAUUUAAAUGUUUAUGGUUUCUUGAUGUUUUGUGUUAUUAUUCAUAAAACCGGUGUUGCGUUUGCUGUUGUUGCUCUUUUUAUAUUUUCAGUUGUUGCAGAAUUCAGCCUGUUAUAAAGCUGCAGAACUGUAUCAUGUUUUUAUUUUCCUUUUGAGCACAUGUUAACAAACUAAGCUUCAUAAUAGAGUGAUGUAAUAAUGCAGAACAUUUGUGUUGUGGGUAUGUAUUGAAGUUUGUCCUGUAUGUAUAAAGAUAUAUCUUUUAUUGUAGAUAUUUAGACUCUAAACUACCACGGAAAUAGUGGAAUAGUUUGCUUUAUAAGAUAAAAAGCAUCCUUCAAAACGGAGCUUGCUUUGUGCUUUAGAAAUACUACAUUGAACUAUUUUGCAAUAUACUAUUUAAAAUCUAAAUUCUCUUGCUUUGCUGCCUUUUUAAAAAGGUGUGAAAUUUCAAAUAUUGCUAGAGCUAUUUUCCUGAAAUACAUUUGCAAAAUAAGGCUGCUUUGUAAUCAAGGAAUAUUUUUGAUUGAAGAAAGUGACUGUACUGUGUCAAAAGUAAACUUAUUUUAUUAUAUAGUUUAUUUCUUAAAAACUCUAUUUAUACCUUACCGUGAAGUCCAUGACUACACUGAACUUGGUUGUCCAUAAUUCUUCCUGUUAAAUAUAAAACCCUGUAAGUUAGUAACAGUAAUGCCAACACUGAAUUUAUUUUGAGGUCAGAGAACCAGUUGUUCUCAUAUUUAGAUUAGGAUUAUUAAAUCCAUGUAAUGUGUAUGUUUACGUAUACUAUACAUAAAAAUUAGGUGUUUUCAUUGGUGUUUUGCUUAUGUCAUUCAAAGUUCAUGUCUUGAGCAUUAAUAAAAAGGGAAGCUGUUUUGGUUUGGAGUGGCAUGUUGUCACUGACCCUGCCUGCAACUCUCCUCUUCUCAGGUACUCAGAGUAUAUAUGCUUUGUAGUUCACUUUUUUUCUUCUUACAGUAAUGACUUGGAUUUGUCCCAUCCUUACCCUAUAGCAGUGAUCUCCAACCUUUUUGGCACCAGGGACCGGUUUCGUGGAAGACAAUUCUUCCACGGACCGGCGUGGGGGGAUGGUUUCGGGAUGAUUCAAGCACAUUACAUUUAUCGUGCACUUUAUUUCUAUUAUUAUUACAUUGUAAUAUAUAAUGAAAUAAUUAUACAACUCACUGUAAUGUAGAAUCAGUGGGAGCCCUGAGCUUGUUUUCACUUGCCACUCACUGAUAGGGUUUCGAUAUGAGUCUGCAAGCAAUUGAUUUAUUACGGUCUCUGUGCAGUCAAACCUCACUGCUAAUGAUACUCUGUAUUUGCAGCCGCUGCUCAGUGCUAGCAUCACAGCCUCAGCUCCACCUCAGAUCAUCAGGCAUUAGAUUCGCAUAAGGAGCAUGCAACCUAGAUCCCUCGCAUGUGCUGUUCACAGUAGGGUUCGCGCUCCUAUGAGACUCUAAUGCCACCGCUGAUCUGACAGGAGGCUGAGCUCAGGCAGUAAUGUGAGCGAUGGGGAGCGGCUGUAAAUACAGAUGAAGCUUUGCUCGCUGGCCCGCCGCUCACCUCCUGCUGUGCAGCCCAGGGGUUGGGGACCCUUGUCCUAUAGAGAGUCUUAAAAAGUACCAUGCUUCUACUCAGCAAAUGAAGUUAUGUUUUUAGCUACUCUCCGAUUAUAUUGUUUUGAUGGACAGAGAGCCAUUUAAGAAAAGAAUGUAUUUCUUUGGUUUUCUAAAAUUGCUUAAUUAUCUUUUAUACCAGUGGGAUUUCAUUUGUUUAUUUAGGGUUGGAUAGAAAACCUUGCGUUUAUAGAUUUCAAAAUAUAUAUAAAUAAGUAUCUACAUUCUACUAAAAGGCUUUGUUUCUAUAUUUCCAGGUAAUUUGAUGGGAGUAUUUUUUAAGUGCUGAAAAGUGUUGAGAUACAGACAUUUGUGGAAUCUGAGCUGAGGCAUUGAAAUCUUGGUGAGACCGUUGCACUGUCUUCUCCCGAACUCCUUAUCCCCUCUCGUGUGUUAUUUUUCUCCUUAGCAUUUACCACCCUUGGUCAUGCUACAACUUUUUGCUCAUUACUUGUCCUGUCCCUCACUGGAUUGAGGGAUGGGUUUUGACUGUUUUGUUCAUCAUUUCCUCCCUAACACCUGGAAUAACACUUGGCACCUACGGCAGGCUCGGGAAGCAUUUGUUAAAUGAACAGAGGCAGUGGAGGCUGUUGAUGGUUUAAAGUAGAGGUGUUGUCUCGCCAGCUUCAGCCAGGUGGGCUUGAGAGACCAGGCUGUGGGACGGGUAAAUUUUGCUGGGUAGGGGAGGACAAAGGACAAGAAAGGUUUGAGUCAUGGUAGCCCAACUUUACCCCAAAAUAGUGACAUGAAGGAGAUAGAAGGAUGUUGGGUGUCGGGUAGAAAAGGGGGCAGGAAAGACACAGUGGGGUCACCUAACUGCCUAUCUAUUGUCCCUGGGGCUGGUUUUGAAUUUCUGUUGUGAUAUGAUGGUAAUUUAGGGAACACAGUAACAUGUGUGGUCUAACACAGAGAGGAUGAACUGGAUCUCACCCAGGUGUGCACAGCAUUGGUUUCCGGUGCCAAGCAUUUUUGUUUCAGAGUUUUAUUUUGGACCUGCCUAUUUAGGCUAUGUGAUAAUAUUAUUUAAGCCAUGUUGACUGAGGCUAGAGACCUAAUGUGUUAGGGAUCAUGCUUAGUUAAGAAAUAGAUCUAGUAAUUUUAACCGUUCACUGGAUAUUUGUUAUCUAAAUGAUUGACUCAGAGACAUAUAAUAUGUAUCACCACAUGGCAAGCAAGUAGGAGAAUUUAUUUUUUAUUUUUCUUCAUGCCCUUUGCUUCACUACACUUAUUUGUAAUACAAACACAGUAGGUAAUACAAAACUCACAUCACAUAUAUUUUUAGUAAUUGUUUAGUAAUAUCCCUUGGUACAUAGGCUCUUAUUUACAAACAAUGUCACAUAAGCUGCUUGAAUAUACAACAGACGUUCUUAGUGGAGCUUGUGUGUGGGCUGAACAAGUUAAGUAGAUCAUGUUAAGAUUUUCUUACCAGCAGAAUAUGAUGCCUUUGCGUAGGCAAAAAGAAUUUUUUCUAGCAAAAUUUUUGCCAGUGCUCCUUUUUACAGAAGGGAAAAAGGAGUUUAUGGGGAGGAAUUAGAGUAGAUGGGCACAUGUUACUGACAACAAUAUAUUUUCAUUAUGCGUGGUAGAAGUGAAAUUUCUUUUCUGCUUGUAGCCUUUUCCCUUGACGAGAAAGGCACCAAGCAGUGUGGGAACCUUUUUCCUCUCGUCCCUUUAGAAUAUCUUAUAACGAAUAGAAUUUUCACGAUAAAGCAGCAGCAGGUCUCAUUAUUUUUCAGUUCAGAUAGGGAAGUGUGGUCGUGGUGCUGCAGCAGGGCAGCACGUUCUGAGUUAUGUUAGUAAAGAUACUCUAGGUGUUUAAAUUGAGCCUAUUAGCUUAAAACAUAACCUGUCCCUAGUGAUCACUGCUGUCAUUUGACAAAUGAUCAUAAAUAUGGUUUUAAUUUCAGCUCUAAAACCCUAAAUGAACCCAGAUGUCAAGUUUGUUGCUCCUGUAGAUACGCAGGUCCUUACACUCAGGCACACCUUGUAUGCCUCUGUCCUCGGAGGAACUGGUCUUAGGAUUGGAUGUUUAGUCGGAGUUGUUUGAAUUGGAUAGAUGAAAUUAAAUAGGGAGUAUCAGGAAGCUACUUGCGCUGAACUGAAUUUGAAUUUGAAGCAUUCCUAAAGUUUAGGAAGUUUAAAUAUCCAGAUGCUGUGUUCUCCUUGACCUGUGUUGAUCUCAGAGGUUAAGUU